GAGGGAUAAUAAGCAAAAUUUUACGAAAAGAAAAAGGGGGAUACGAAAUAACCAUAGUGGAUGCAUCGAAUGAACGCCAAGUAAUUGAUAUUAGCCCUCGAGGCCUAGAACUUCUUGUUUCAGAGGGCGAAUCCAUUAAACUCGAUCAACCAUUAACGAGUAAUCCUAAUGUGGGUGGAUUUGGUCAAGGGGAUGCGGAAAUA